AUGCGAAAAGAUGUACCGUUGAUGAAAGAGGAACUACAACAUAUUGUACCACAAAUGGAAGAAAUUCAGAAGCAGAUAGAUAAAUUUAUGGCAUCUGUCAAACACCAACAAGGGUUUCUAUUAAAUACAGAACAGCUACAAAAAUUACAAACAUUAACGAAUAUGUAUCAAAAGUGGAACGAUCAAUUAGGUCAAAUUCAUCGACAGUUGAUGCAGAUAUUAGAUGAAAUAUUACGUCCUGGUCUUGGUUUAGUCGAGGAAUAUAAUACAUGUUUGGGUUCAACAGCUCAAUCACUCAUAGAUUACAGUAUUGAUCAAAUAGUCGAACAUAUUGAUGAUGAUGAUGAUGAUGAUCAACUUUUUCCAUUGGAUAAUUUAUCAUCGUCCUAUAACCAUACUGAUUUGUGA